AUGGACUUACAAGCCGACUCCGAUAAACCAAAGGCAGAGCGAAGCUUCCAUGAAGUCUACGAAAUUCCCGCGAAUUCUAGUGGUCCUCACUCAAUCGAUGAGAAGGGAAGCCAGAACUCCGUUGCGAUCGCUAUCGCAUCGUCGAAAGAACGUGCUAUUGCGGAAAGACGUUUGUUGCGCAAGUUGGACAUGCGCUUCAUGCCGACUAUCGUUCUGAUAUACAUCAUGAACUAUAUCGACAGAAGUGCGAUCACAACCGCUCGAUUGAAAGGUCUUGAGCACGAUCUCGGUCUUUCAGAUAUACAAUAUGAUACCGCGGUGGCUAUUCUCUAUGCAUCAUACUGCACUUGUCAGAUUCCAUCAAAUAUGGUCACGCGUAAUCCCGCUGGAAUUUUAAUUUGCCGGGUCGUCCUUGGUAUUCCUGAAGAGUUGGCGUUCCGCACUUCUAUCUUAUUCUCGGGCAUGAUGGCUUCCAGCGCCUUCGGUAGUGGCGCAAUAACCAUUACUGUUGGCCUGCUGUCGAUAUGGUCCCUCCCGGAUUUCGCACGUCUUGCAGAAGAUGCAGGUGAGGCAGACGAAGACCUAGCCGAGGAAUCCAUGUUGCAGGGCUUGAAGAUGGCGCUUAAAGACAUCAAGGUUUACAUCUUUGCCAUGAUGACAAUGAGUAUGUUGCUGGGUCUGUCAUUCGCUAACUUCUUCCCGACAUAUAAUACUACGAUUACUUUGCUUUUGGCUGCGUACGUCAUUUACUUACCUACGGCUCCACCAUGGGUCUGGGCUGCCAUCGUCUGCUGUGUCAAUGCGCUACAUGCAGAUAGAACGGGAGAGCGCUUCUUCCACACUUGCUUCUCGUGGUGGGGAGUGAUUAUAGGUUAUAUCAUUGCUCUCUCUACGUUCUCCGUCGGAGGACGCUAUGUCGCGUUGUUCUUGAUGGCAAGUGGGCACGCGGGCUUCGCUCUUACUCUGGUAUGGGUAUCAAAUACUAUCCCGCGCCCUCCAGCAAAGCGUGCCGCCGCAAUAGGUCUGGUCAAUGGAAUCGGAAAUAUAGGUAAUCUAAUUGGUUCGUACGCAUGGAAAGCGAAGUGGGGUCCACAAUAUCAUCAAUCCAUGGUAAUAGGCAUUGCAGCUUUAACAUUCAGCUCUUUCCUUGCGUUCGUUAUGCGCUGCAUUCUAAAACGCAUGAACAAGAAACUCGACGAAGAUGAGCUCGGCGCAUUGAAAGGUGCACAGCGUCAGAGAAUUGAGGAUGCCGCUCGUUUGGAAGGCAUCACAAUCAGUGAGGCGAUGGAAAGAAAGAAAGGCUUUAGGUACCUCUAUUAA